AAAAAUACAAAGGUUAUUCGUUUUUUUGGAAAAAGCAAUUUUCUCGUUUUCCUUUUGAAAAAGAAACUCGCGCCUCGCGCACGAUCUAGGAUCACCUGGAUCGAGGAUGAGCUGGAUAAUGAGAAGCAAAACUUCGGGGAAAGGAGGGAGGGAGGAGGAGAAAAGAGGAAUAUCGAGCGUUAGCUCGAGUCGAAUCGCCUUCGAAUGUCGCGUAGCGUCGCGUCGGUGUCCCGUGAGAGAGGCUGAUGUCGCUGCGGGGAGCAACGCGGGGGAGGCAACUCCCGGCAUAGCAUAAAGGUGACUCCUCGCAGCCAAGACCUCCCAUAUGCUACUUAGCGUUCCGCUCGGCUCGGCAAACCUCCUUGUCCUGUCCGCGGAGAAGGACAGGUCCGCUCCUUCCUCCGCUCCGCCGAGAAGCGUGGAAGUUAUUCGGUCGCGGCCGCUCUCCUGGAUUACUCGUCGUCGUCGGCCGAUUAAUCCAAAAAGUCAUCGUCACCGAGAGUUCCAAACAGGCGCUAAUCGUUCGCGACCACGAUUUAUUUUCGAGCCUCCUCUCCCUCUCUCUCUCACACACGCUCUCCGCCUCUCGGGAUUCUUGCCCACUCACGCGUCGUGCGAGCGAGAUAUGAUGAUGACGGACUCCGGUUUCCGGUUUCUACUUUUCGCGAUUCUGCUCUACCUUCUUUCGCCCUCGUUCGAGCACUUCGCGCACUCGCACCCGAGCCGUGCUAUCGACGAGGAUGAUGAUAACGCGAACGGUGAGAGAGAAGAAGACGUGAACGAACGGUGGCCGAGGUUGGACGAGGCUUCGAACGAGCAGGACGCUCGUAGGAACGAGAUUUUGGAGAAACUGCAGCAGGUUCUCGGUAUUCGAAGUUACCUCGAAAGGGAGAGAACGGGACGUCGCAAGGUGCCGCCUCAAUUUAUGGUGGAGCUGUACAACAAUGUAGCGGAUCCUAGCGGUGUAACGCGUGGUAGAAAUCCGUACAACGCCAAAGUCGUGCGCAGUUUCAUCGAAAGAGACACCACCACGUCGCGGUUCUACUUCUUCAACAUCACGGGUUUGGAAGUGAACGAAUCCGUUCUGGAAGCGGAGCUUCAUCUGUAUCGAAAAAGAACACCUUUGAAAGCUUUGCAUCCUUCCAUUCUAGCUUCUCCGUAUUACUUGAUAAGAGUGUAUCAAGUUUUGGACGAGAAAAGUUUAGACGUUCCCGAUCUCCAUAGGCUGCUGAACGUUAGAUACGUUGGAGCGCACGCGUCUGGUUGGCAGAUAUUCAACGUGAAGCAAGCAGUCCUCGCCUGGUUAAACGGGGAGCCGAACCUUGGACUUUUAGUAACCGCUACAACCUUGUUCGAGGAUCGAGCGAACGUGGAGUUCUCCCGACGGAACGAGUAUCAUCACAGCAAGCAACCGAUCCUGGUGCUUUUCGACGACGAUGGGAAGGAUCGUCGAGGCGACGGUAACGACGAGAUCGAGCAAGUAUUUCACGACGAGGAGGAGGAAAAGGGUGAUUGGAGGAACAGCGAUGCGGAACAGGAUCCGCGUGGAAAAGGGGAAUUGGAGGGGAAUAAAAAUAAAACGGGAUCGUUUGAAAGGCAGAAGAGAACUCGGAUGAGGGAACACGAGGAGGGAGAGACAACUCGAGGCGCGCAACAUCUCGCGGACGAUGGUUCUGGGCGGCGUCGAAGGGAAACUAACGUCAAAAAAUUGCACGGGAUUUCUUCUUCGCUCGAGGAGGAGACAUUUGGAGGCAGUUAUUUAACAUCGAUGGAUAUAUACGAACGGGCGAUGCGUCGCGAAAGAAUAAUGGGAGGAAGAGCUGGUCAAAGAUCGUUCUGGAGCGAGAAGAUCCGCGAGAAACGAUCGGCGAAAAGCCGCGCAUCCGUUCGGCAAAAUGUCACCGAAUGCUCGAGGCACGAGCUCUACGUGGAUUUCAAAGAAAUUGGCCUUUCCUCCUCUAUCAUUGCCCCGCUUGGCUACUCAGCUUUUCAUUGCAAAGGUAUCUGCGAAUCGCCAUUGAGUCAAGAUCAACAACCGACCAAUCACGCGACUAUCCAAGGGAUUGUUCACAAAAUGGGACUGGUGAAAGGGGUUGAGAGACCCUGUUGCGUCCCCACCAAACUGUUGGGCACCACCAUUCUGUUCUAUGAUGAUAACGAGAACGUUAUCUUGAAAGUUUACCAAGACAUGAUCGCAGACCGUUGUGGAUGCCGUUAAGAAUUUCAUUGUUUCUUAAGAUCUGCGCGAUGAAACGUUUGUUCUCCUUGUGAAAGAAGUAGCGAGUGUGAAUUUGUAUCUCGAUUGAGAAAAAAAAGAAAGAAAAAGAAAAGAAACGAAGAAUACACGGAUAUGCGAGGAAAGGGAAGAAAAAAGAAGAAUUGAAUGUGUGUGUGUGAGAGAGAGAUAGAAUGAGUGUAAGAGUGACGGAAUAAAAUCAGGUAAAGAUGAUUUUUACUACACGUUAGCCCGUGAGUCAUUCCUAAAGGUUCAUCUGAAGAUUGUUAAGUUGUCGUCGCAACAUUGUACAUAAAAACAUUCCUAAAUUCGCGUAGGGUCAUGUGUAUCAAUAAUUAGCACGUGUCUAUAUCGUCAUUGAACAAUUAAACCCUGUAUCGUCAUUAAAUUAUUAUUAUAAUCGCACGUAGAGAGUUAAUUGUCCCGAUCAUUGUAUAUAAUAUUGUAUCGUAAAACGUUAGAGUUAUUUAUAUUUUAAUUAUGACAAAUAAAAAUGAAUAUUUAA